UCAGCACGCGUCAGCACGUUACUAACAGUAUGGCAGCCCCCGUGAGUAGUGUGGGUAAACCCUCAGCCGAACGUCCACCGUUCAAUAGUACGAGUUUUCAGAAGAAAACAAGGAGCAAGUUAAUAUCCAUACCUGGUACUAGACCUUCGGUUCAAAAUGGACAGCUCCUAGUCUCCACCGGUGUCACGUCACUCGACUAUCUGCUCGGUGGUGGAUUAGCAGUUGGAACAGUGCUUCUCAUAGAGGAGGACCGAUUUGAUAGCUACUCUCGCAUGAUCCUCAAGUACUUCCUGGCAGAAGGAGUGGUGUGUCGGCAUGAACUUUUUGUUGCAUCAGCUCAAGAUAACCCUGAUGACAUCUUACAGGAACUCCCUGCUCCCAUCUUGGACGAUGUGGCCAUUCACAAGCCUGUGGAACAGCCCAGGCUGUCUUGUGAACCCCAGGACAAUUUGGAUGCUAUGAAGAUUGCCUGGCGCUAUCAGAAUCUACCUAAAGUACAGAGUGCCCUGGCCUCUUCUUCCCGAUUUGGGCAUUACUAUGACGUUUCCAAGACAAUGGAGCCAGAAAUUCGCCAGGCAGCCAAGUGCCACCGCUUCUACCUUCCAGAACAUCCCACCCAGUCAUCAACCACACACAGUCGCAUGAUUGAGUCUUACUCUGCAUUGCUGAAGUCCCUUCAAGAGGUCAUACACAGAGAAGGCUUUGAUUUGUCUACCCCCAUGUCCAUGUCUCGUAAUAUCUUGCGUGUUGGGCUUCACUCUCUUGGUUCAGCUUUGUGGAAUGAUGACCUGAGUUGCCAUGACGACCCCAUGCAUAGCCACGCCUUGACUACCUUUCUUUAUGGACUGCGUGCUUUACUGAGGUCAUCACUGUCAGUUGCAGUAGUUACUGUUCCUUCUUAUCUUAUUCAGGACCGGGCUCUAAUGGGCAACAUUACCAGGCUAUGUGACAAUGCCAUAGCCUUGGAAUCAUUCAAAGGCUCUGAGAGAGAGACCAACCCUCUCUACAAAGACUACCAUGGCCUGUUACACGUACGCCAAGUACCUCACCUGAACUGUCUGGCGAGCCAACUCCCUGACCACAAGGACCUGGCUUUUAAGCUCAAGAGAAAACAGUUCAGUAUUGAGAGACUGCAUUUGCCUCCAGACUUGUCUGAGACAGUGAGUCGUGUGAGCAGGGGGGAGCUGGCAGGAGCAGCCGCGGUGGUGUCAGCCUGUGGCUCCGGCACUUCCGGCAACAAACACCUGGACUUCUAGAGCUCCCACACAGUCGCUAUAGGCAACCAACACCUGGAAUGCCGCAGCGUUGUCCUCUUCACUGCGGUGACCAGGUUGUUCCCUUGCCCACGUAAUGUCAACAUCUAUAACCCUGCCAGCCAUUACCACCUGCCAACUGACACAGCCAGGGGUGAAGAUCUAAACAUCCGCAGUACCUCUUCUCAUAACCGACAUAUUUCAUCCUAUAUUUCACAGCUCUUCUUUUAUUUACACUUAGUCUACAUGCUUUUUGUUUUUUGUUUUUUUCCUGACUCUGAAAGCUGAUAUUCACACAUUCCACGCUGUCAUUACGGACUCGUUUCACUUUUGUUGCUAGCAAACUUUUUUCUGUUUUUGCUGCAAGUUGCAGAAACAUAGAAACACUGUGUUGUUUUGAAAUGUAAUGUAAAGGUAAAUGGCUGGUAAGGUGAUGAUUACUUAACCUAAAUAAAAUACAAGCUGGG